GGCGUCAGCUGAGCGGAGAUGCUGCUGAUGUCACUCUGCUAGUCGCGCAUACAAACGACAACACAGCGAAAGAGGGUUGUGAGUUUACUAAAGGAUGGCGUUUGUGAAGAGCGGGUGGCUGCACAGACAGAGCACCAUCUUGCGGCGCUGGAAGAAGAACUGGUUUGACCUUUGGUCAGAUGGACGUCUCGUCUUCUACGAUGACCAGCAACGGAGGGACAUGGAGGACGAGAUCCACAUGAAGGUGGACUGCAUUAACAUUCGCAACGCCAGUGCCUGUCGAGAGCUCGCUCCUCCUGAAGGCAAAGGCAAAGACUCGCUCCUGCAGAUUGUGUGCCGGGACGGUCGAGUGAUCAGCAUCUGCGCAGACAGUGCAGACGACGCGCUAGCUUGGACAAUGGCUCUCCAGGAUGCCAGACUCAAUACUGUUGUGGCUCCUCCUCAGAUGGGUUUUGUGGAGGAUCCUGUGGCAUCGGCUCCUCCGCCAUAUUCUGAGCUAAACCCAACUCCACAGGUCUUUUAUCCUGAUGGUUAUGGCGGCUACGUUCCUUCACCUCCACCAUAUGCCACACAGAUGGUUUACUCAGCCGACGGGCAGCAGUAUGCAGUCGCCUACCCUUAUCACUAUCAAGGUGGAUUCACUCCGCCCGUCAACCAUGUGAUUGUUCAGGAGCGCCGGCGCGAGGACACUGGUGAUGUGGCUCUGGGCAUGUUAGCCGGCGCCGCUACCGGAUUAGCCCUCGGCUCUCUAUUCUCUGUGUUUUAAUGGCCCCCUCCAGGUAAACUUGGCUAACUUUAACUUCACUUUGCGCCUCGAAUAAAACUCACAGCUCGGAUAAUGUAGCAGGGCCAUGGUUGCGUUCACUUUAUACUUUUUCAUCUUCCUACCAAAGCUUGUGUAUUUCCAUUAGGCACCGACAAACGUGUUCGCUUUGCUAAUGUAAUCCGUGACUUCUAGAGAUGUACACUAAAAUCUUGCCGGCUAGCCUUGAGACGAGGGCGAACAGUUUGGCUUGAGGAUCAGAAGAAGAUGGUGUCUGAAAGUGUUUAGAGUUUUGCUAACAAAGUUCCUGUAAAGAAAUGACACACAAACUGGUGACUAUUAGUAAGCAGUUUGGGUUUUUCUGUUAGUUCCUGUUAUAGUAAACAUUCAGUGUCGCUUGCAGUUGCAAAUGUAGAAUUUUGCAGAAUGAAACAUGUUUGGGACUGAACUUUAGAAAGGAAUGGGUCAAAAUUUGAUGAUUGGAUGUUAUAGUUUUUUUAGUUGAGAGAGUAAUAUGUUUGUGACAUUUAAAAGGAAUAAUUCUCUCAAAAUUCAGUCUCAUUCUUUUUUGUUUCAGUAAGUAAUUUUUAAAUAAUUUUUUUGAGAAAUAGUUCAUUGAAAUCAAAAUUGAGCUGAAAUCAGUUUUUUUUCACAAUAUAAUUUUUUUCUUUCAUCGUUUAAAUUCUCAAAUAUUCUCAGUUUUCUCAUUCUUAUAAAUUAAUUUUCUCAAAUUAGUUUUCUCAAAUUCUCAAAAAUUUGUUCUUAAGAAUUCGCAAAUUAGCUUAUUCAAAUUAUCAAAUUAGUUUUCUCAAAAAUUCUCCAAAAUUAGUUUUCUCAAAAAUUCUCAAUUUUUUUUUCACAAAAAUUAGUUCUGAAAAUCUCAAAUUAGUUUUCUCAAAACUACCCAAAAAAAAUUCUCAAAUGAGUUCUCAAAUUUUCAAAAAUGAGUUCUCAAAAUUCUUAAUGAGUGUUCUCAAAUUCUCAAUUUGUUUUAUCAAAAAUUAGUUCUCAAAUUCUCAAAAAUUUGUUCUCAAACAUACUCAAUUAGCUUUCUCAAAAAUUCUCGAAUUAGUUUUCUCAAAAAUUAUAAAAAUUAGUUUUCUCAAAAUUACCCCAAAAUUAGUUUUCAAAUUCUCAAAAAUGUUUUUUCAAAUUCUCUAAAAUGAGUUUUCUCAUUCUUAAAUUAGUUUUCUCAAAAAAAAUAGUUUUCUCAAAAUUAGUUUGCUCAAAUUAAAAUAAUUUUUUGUGUUUUAUUUUUUAUAAUUGUUUUUUUGGACAACAUACUUGAAUUAUUCCUUUUAAAUGUAACAAUUGACAAACAUUCAGUUGAAAUCUGUUUUUUAUUAGUAUUAUCAAUAAAAAUGGAAAAAACUUUCUUUGGUAAAUGUUUUGAGCAUUUUGCUAAAUAACUUGAAUUAAAAAUCAUGUUAAUUUCAACCUAUUUCAGACCGACUAGAUGAUGAUGAUGAUGACAGAAAUUUCAUUUUCUCUCAUAAUAUAUUAUCAGAAACCUAAUUUGACAGGAAAAACUGACGAUGCUUCUUGAUUAUGUUGCGGUGUUAUCCAGCAAAGAGAUUGUCCUUAAAUCCAGUGCACUUUUUUCCUAUAAUUUCUCCGUUGUUUGCCUUCAUUGAACUGAUGUAUUGUUUACUUGUACUCAAGUGUUAAAAAGAGUCUUUUUCCUUUUUUGUGGAGACUUCACACUUUCUUUGUGAAAUAAUUUUAUUUAAUGUAUGUGAUUGAUUUUUGUCUUUUUAUGGGUAACAAGUUUUUCAUAUUAACUGUAAAUAUGAUAAACUAGCACAAAUAUUCUUCAUAAUGUUUGUUAUGGGAUGUGAAAAGGGAAACUUCAGGGAAAAGUUGGAUGGACUUGGAGAUACAGUUGAUGGAGAUACAGUUUCUGUCACUUUUACUCACUGUUAUAUGAAUUUGUUGUGUUUACAAGCUGUAACUGGUGUAAUUAUGAGUGUUUACUUAAUAGUAAUCAUAAUUGCAGGGUGCAUUAGAAUGGAUUUCAGGUGUUUAAUAGUCCCGUGACUCAGAAACAUGACAUUUUAUCAUCAGAGAUCAUGUUUGGUGUUUAAACGCUUUCUAAUGUGGUUUCUUUAUUUCAAACCUCCAAACACAUCAUUUACAUGUUGCUUUAUCAAAUGUAACAUCACAAUAAUUGGUGUGUUUAUAAACUAUUAAACUGAUUAAAUAAGA